UUCACUUGCAACUACUCUCGGUAUAUAUUUUCAAAAACUCUUUUGUUUUCGUGUGAAGCUCCGAUCUGAGUUUUUAGCAAUGGCGAAACUAAACCCUAAAUUCAUCUCUUUGAUUCUUUUCGCUCUCGUGGUGAUCGUCUCUGCUGAAGUUAUCUUCGAGGAGAAAUUCGAAGAUGGAUGGGAGAAGAGAUGGGUAAAAUCUGACUGGAAGAAAGAUGAUAAUACUGCUGGGGAAUGGAAACACACAGCUGGAAAUUGGUCUGGUGAUGCUAACGAUAAAGGUAUCCAAACUAGCGAGGACUACAGAUUCUACGCUAUAUCAGCUGAAUUCCCUGAGUUUAGCAACAAGGAUAAGACCUUAGUCUUCCAAUUCUCUGUCAAGCAUGAGCAGAAGCUUGACUGUGGUGGUGGCUACAUGAAGUUGCUAAGUGAUGAUGUUGACCAGACGAAAUUCGGAGGAGACACUCCUUACAGCAUUAUGUUUGGGCCAGAUAUUUGUGGCUACAGCACUAAGAAAGUACAUGCUAUCCUUACUUACAAUGGAACCAACCAUUUGAUCAAGAAGGAGGUCCCAUGUGAGACUGAUCAGCUUACUCACGUGUACACCUUCGUCCUCCGUCCAGAUGCUACUUACAGUAUUUUGAUUGAUAAUGUUGAGAAGCAAACUGGUAGCCUUUACUCUGACUGGGAUCUUCUCCCAGCAAAGAAGAUUAAGGAUCCAAGUGCUAAGAAGCCUGAGGACUGGGAUGACAAAGAGUACAUUCCAGAUCCAGAAGACACUAAGCCAGCGGGAUAUGAUGACAUCCCAAAGGAGAUUCCAGACACUGACGCAAAGAAGCCUGAGGACUGGGAUGAUGAAGAAGAUGGUGAGUGGACUGCCCCUACCAUUCCCAACCCCGAGUACAAUGGUGAAUGGAAGCCCAAGAAAAUUAAGAACCCCGCUUACAAGGGCAAGUGGAAGGCUCCAAUGAUCGACAACCCUGAAUUCAAGGAUGACCCAGAACUCUAUGUCUUCCCCAAAUUGAAGUAUGUUGGAGUUGAGUUGUGGCAGGUGAAAUCUGGUUCCUUGUUCGACAAUGUCUUGGUCAGCGAUGACCCAGAGUACGCUAAGAAGUUGGCCGAGGAAACCUGGGGAAAGCACAAGGAUGCGGAGAAAGCAGCAUUUGACGAAGCUGAGAAGAAGAGAGAGGAAGAGGAAUCAAAGGAUGCUCCUGCUGAAUCCGACGCUGAGGAAGAAGCAGAAGAUGAUGACAAUGAAGGAGAUGACUCAGACAAUGAAUCAAAGUCUGAGGAAACCAAGGAGGCCGAGGAAACCAAGGAAGCCGAGGAAACCGAUGCCGCCCAUGACGAGCUCUAAGCAAAGGUGGAGGAUUAAAAAGUUUUCAGAGUCUUAAUUGUUCUUUUAAACUUUUCUUUUAAAAGGAAUUCUUUAGCUCUAGUUUGGUUGGAAUGUAGAACUUUUUAGCUAUUAUUAUGGUGAAAUGGUUGUGGUAACUUUGUUUUAGACUUUGAGAAAAUCCUGACUUUCUCCUUCUCUUUACCAAUUCACAAUUAGUAAAAAGGAAAUAAUGGAACUAAUGGAGACAAAACGUAAGCUUAAUAAAAUUCCAUGACAGUGCAUCAUCACGUAAGUAUAUUUCAUUCUCUCCAAAGUCUCAACCAACAAUCUUUUGCAAGUUCAGCUCAAGACUGGAUCGUCAAGCCAUGAUUACAUAUCCUAAUAGCUAAUUGGUACUUUUAAGUUUUAAGUAUGUCUACUGACAUUCUCAAGUAGUAAAUGUUGGAUGGAUAUAUUUACUAUUGUAUAGACUAUAGCUGGUGUAAAAUAUUGAUAUUAAAAUGUAUUUUAUU